CACACACACACUCUCUCUCUCUCUCUCUCUCUCUCUCUCUUUGUCCCAUUGUUCUGUAUAGAGGGAGGGAUGCUGGAGAAUUGAUCUUUCAGGCACGGAGACAAAGACCGUCAGCAGCAGGAGCUCGUGCAAAUACAAGCCCCCGAAAACAGCAUCCGAUGAAAGUCCCGUAGUUUCUCCGGUGCCGUGCGCGUUUGGUGAGAAGUGCUCAUGUGUUUUAUCAUCGUGGGGGAGAUAUAUUCUGUUUACCGACAAAACUGAUGAGCAAAGAGCAAACUUUAAAGUAGUCCGCUGUUCCCGAGUGUGUGAGGGUGGAUGGUGGAUGAUGAUGAUGUUGAUAAUGAGCCGGAUGGAAAUGAGAAAGACACUGGGACUGCGUGUUGUACUCGUGUGCGUGCUUUUCGGUUCCGUUAAUGCGCGGAGCUGCUCCGAGUCCCGGCGUGCGUAUGGAGAACGGGGUUACAGCGCGAGCGCUGCUCCCCUCAACGCCAUGUCCGGUGAACACCUGCGUUACUGUCCACGUGAUUACACAUGUUGUACAAGUGAGAUGGAAGAAAAGCUUGUACGGCAGAGUGAAGCUGACUUCCUGUCUUCUGUUGAGGAGACCAGUCAGUUCCUGCUGACAAGCUUCACCCACACACACCGCCGCUUUGAUGAAUUUUUCCGUGAGCUAAUUGGUGUAUCAGAGAAGUCGAUGAAUCAGAUGUUCAUCAAGACGUAUGGACGCCUGUACACACAGAACACACGGCUCUUCCAACAACUGUUCACACAACUGAGACAAUACUAUACAGAUGGUGGUGCAUAUGUAUCAGAAGCUGUGUCAGAUUUCUGGACCGAGUUAGUGGAACGCGUGUUCACUCUACUGAAUCCUCACUAUCACUUCAGUGUGGAUUAUCUGGAGUGUGUAAGCAAACACACACAACAUCUUCAGCCACUUGGAGAACUGCAACGCAAACUCAGCACACAGUUGUCUCGUGCUUUAAUCGCUGCAAGGGCCUUAGUGCAGGGACUCUUUACCGGCAAAGACAUUGUUAACAAAGCCAUUAAGUUUAGUGUAAGUGCGGAGUGCGGUAAGGCUUUGAUGCGUCAAUUGUACUGUCCUCUAUGUGGUGGGAGUCCCUCAAUCAGGUCCUGCCACCCAUUGUGCCUCAACGUCAUGAAGGGCUGUCUGGCCAAUCAUGCAGAGCUUAACACGGAGUGGAAUCGCUUCAUUGACUCUCUCCUCUCCCUGGCAGAGAGACUCAAUGGACCGUUUAAUGUGGAACUGGCUGCUGAUUCUGUAGCUGUGAAAAUCUCUGAAGGCAUCAUGCACAUGCAGGAGAACAGCAUUAGUAUCUCCACCAAGGUGUUUCAGGGUUGUGGGAAUCCCCGUCCAGCCCCCAGUAGGAACAAACGCUCAUCUAGAGAACGAGAGAAAGAGCGUAAGAUUGACAGAGAGCGAGACAGCAGAAAGACUUUCAGAACCUUUAGUCCAGAAGAAAAGCCUACAACUGCUGCAGGAACCAAUAUGGACCGACUGGUGUUGGAUCUGCAGCAGCGUCUGAGGCCAAUGAGAGAGUUCUGGGUAAUGCUGCCUCACUCUCUCUGUAACGAAGACAAAAUGGCUGCAGAUGUUACCAACGAGGAGCGCUGUUGGAAUGGAUACACACGUGGAAGGUAUCUUAUGAGUGUCACAUCUGAUGGCUUGGUAAAUCAGCUGAACAACCCAGAAGUGGAUGUUGAAAGUUCUCUGGACAUCAGAACCCGUCAGAUCCUCAUGGAGCUUCGGGUGGCAACACACCGCCUCACACUCGCACAUCAAGGCAUCGACACAGACACAUUGCACAGUGAUGAUGAGGAUGGUAGCGGAUCUGGAAUGAUUGGAGCUGAUGAGCUCUACAGGAAUGAUUGGCCCAUUUCACCACAAAACCCCGCCCACCCUUAUAAACCCCGCCCUCGUGACAGGAGUAGAGUUAAUGGCUCGGUCAAAUCAGCCGUCCAGACAUUAUCACCUCUUUCCUUUCUGUCACUCUGCCUCUCUCUGCUGCUCUCUCUCAUCCUCCAGUGGAGAAAAUAGGUUAAGGCAGUUUAUAUUAAAAUGAUUCAGAAAGCACAGACAAAACUGAGAGUCGGACAGAUGAAGAGACAGACUGAAAGAACAGAAAGGGAAGAAAAUGAGAAAGAAUCAAGGAUGAUGUAGCUGAUAAUGUCACACUAAUUUUGUAUGUUUUUUUAUUGUGUAAGUUUGGUAUGUUAGUGAAGGCAAUGAUGAAUGUUUAAAGUGAAUAAAGUGCUUCAAAUUUUGGUGAACCUUAAAUCUCAAAAAGCAAUAUUCACCAAUCAAUCAAAAUUGUUGCUGUUGACCAUGGAUUCAAAGGUAAACAGUGAUCUUUUGCUCGUCUUAGAAGUUUCAGAAGGGAAACACAUAAAUUACCUUUUUUUUCAACAGACAGGUGGUGAUUUAUUUGUCUUACAUUCGAUUAGAUGAUUUGUACAUUUAGAUAAGAAUUUUCUGGAAUGUCUUUAGAGAUUAUGAAUGGGAAGGAAACUUCUGGAACAAAGACUAAUAAGAAAGUGGAAGACACCGUGCAGCUCCAGUGAGCCUUAGCGAAUGUUUAUACUAAAUGUUUUGUACUGCAUUACCACACGGUAGGACUCUGUUUUUAUAGUAAGGUUUAGGAUUACAGUUAAAAUAGUUUAAUCCCUGAUGUGACUGCAGAUUGUGUUUAUUGAUGUGUGUUUUUAUGUAUGUAUGUAUGUAUUUAUUUAUUUAUUUAUUUGUGAAAAUGUUUAAUGUUCAUAUGUCUCUCAGCAGUGUUCAAGAUCAGAGCUGUAUGCAUU